CGUUUCUGUUCGAAUUGGUGAGACACAACACGCAAAUAUGCCAACCGAUAAGAUGAAGCCAAUGUCCAAAAUACACCUGCCGCCCGUCGAUGAAGACGAGCCUUUGAUCGACACUACUGAGGCUAUGCAGCUCCGCUCCAAAAGAACCGACCGACUGCAACGUAGACAGCAGAAAAAGAGCAAGAAAGCUGCUGCAAUUCCUCAACCAACCAGUUUCCUAGACCUCCCAGCCGAGAUCUUUGUAGAGAUCCUCUGCUACCUGCAUCCGAGCGAUGUCUUCAAGCUGUCACGCAGCGGAAGAACCCUACAUCGCCUCGUCUCCCACCACGCCAACUUCAUUGCUCAAAACAUCAUCGACUGGAGGUAUCCCAUCCUGAUGAAAUGCUUCCCAAAGCCCGUGCCACUAGGCCAGGUGGACCCAGAAUUGCAUCCCGCACUUCUCGCCGGGAAACGUCAGGAUAUGCUGAAUAUCCACAAGAAGCCGUAUCAGCACAUCAAGUCCCCGAACCAGCACGAGAUCUGCACGUGUCUUACUUGUAUACUCGCAUGGAACAAUCUCUGUCUCGUCGUCGACCUCGCACACUGGCAACCGAACCUCUCGCAACGGAAGCCAAUCUCGAUGAUCCCGCGCGGUCAAUCACCGCAAUGGAACAUAGACCUCGUGAACUCCAACGCCGAAAUUGUGAGAAACGCUAUCAAGAGCCAGCUAUGGUACGCUCGCAUCUUGGAGCAGCAUCUCGCCACCACCACGAAAACCAUCUGGCGCACGCAUAAGCAUGACACCCUCAAAGGCGAUGGGCCCGUCUUCCAACUGACCGCGGAGGACAUCUCUACCGAGACGGACGCGUUUAUGGGACGGGACGGUCCGGAGUCGUUUGAGUUCCCGUAUCAUCGCGAUAACUACUACGCUUUGGGGUCGUAUCUGCCGAAUAGGAGAUUUGAGAAGAGUACUGGAGUUUGGCAUUAUUACCCGCUGGAUCAGCAUUCAAGAGACUUGGAGUGGGUGGCGAAACACAGCGCCAGGAGCACUGAGCUGAGUCGAUCUAUGAUAACCGCUGUUCCACCCAAUCCACCUGUGCUUGAUAGUACUGCGUCACAAAGUCCAUGUCCUUCGCUAGAACAAAGCCAUGCGGUAGCCCAGGGUACACCUUCAGCGUGGUAUCGACACUUUGAUUGUGGUUAG